CCCUCCUCCUCCAUUGGUCUCCUCACCAUCACUAUCACCAUCACCCCUCCUCUCCCUCCCCCUAGAAAUCCGCCUCCAGAUCUACCACUACGUCCUCCUCUUCCACCCAAUCCACCACCCUCACUUGGCUCCUCUAACCGCCCACGAAAAAUCAUUCAACACGACUCUCCUCCUGCAGCCCACUGGGAUUUCUUUCCCAUCUCCAAAUUCAUAUCCAGCCAAGUCCCAGCUUCAGGAGUCAGAAAGCAAUACAGUCCCGCCGGCAAAAAUCCCAACAGGGUUGUUGGCGGCAAAUAGACAGAUUUAUGCGGAGACUAGAUUACUGCCGUUCCAGAUGUCGAGGUUUAGGUUCGUGAAUUGGUUUUGGAGUGGGGUUUAUGCUGCGAGGCAGUUUAGUAGAGCGUUGAGGCCGUGGCAGGGGGACGCGGUGAGGUGGGUUGGUGUUGAGGUUCUCGGGCGGGAUUUGUGGGUUGGGGGUAUGGAGAGGAUUGGUGGGGGAAUUG